UUUCAGAAGUAGUGCCAAGUUACAGUUUCUGCUAUCUAAUUUUGGUUCUUAACCCUGAAUGUAAAAGCAUCAGGUCAGUUGUGUAGGAGGAUCUGUGGAAAUUUUUAUAGGGAUGACUGUAAUAUUAAUAGCUAUUAUUUUGUUGAGGGAGCCGUCUCUGUACCAGACUCUGAGAAAACUGACCUGAAGUCAUAAUCCACUCUACGUCUGUGAAUCUCCAAAGACAGAUACAGUAUUGACUGUCAGCAGACAUGUGUAGAGAAAUGUUCAAUGUGAAUCCUCACUGUUGUCUUCAUUACUUACCACUUACUGUGUUUAUGCCUCAAGUGGAAGAUGCUUUGAAAUUAUAUAUUUCAGUUUGAUAAACCACCCUGAGAAUUUAAAUAUUUCCAUUUUUUUUUUAAACCUACAGAAUAAAUUGCUGGUUUCUAUAAUUACCCAGUAUAAAAAUAGGAAGAAACGGUAAGACAAGCAUGCAGUCAAAUGGAUGAUAACAUCUUUUCAUGGCUUCCAUAGGAAACCACUUCCCUUCUUCGUACUGGGUUAUUUUUUUUCUUUUUUAUCUCCAUUCCUCUAGUAAGGGCUCCACAUUUGGACCCCCAUGUCCAUCUCUUAAGUCUCUCAACAUUUUUUAGUAAAAGCUCUGCUAGAUCUGAUAAACCUUUUCUGUGGCUAGGCUUUCACCAAGGACUUUUAGGGGUAAAGCUAAUCUACUCAGCAAAAUGACCAUAUACUUGGAGUGAGUAAAUACUUUUUAAUACCAGCUGAGAUUGACUUUGAGGAUGGAAACUAAGACUAGAUAUCCAUGAUAGGGGUACUUUUAAUAUCUUUAAUUCAGCUUUUUCUUCAGAGAUAUGUUCUUUAUGUAAGUAGUUGGGCACUGUGGCACACACCUAUGAUGCUAGUAAUUCAGAGACUGAGGCCAGAGGAUUACAAGUUUGAGGCCAACCUCAGCAUCUUAGACCCUGUCUCAAAACAAAAUAUAAAGGGCUAGGGACAUGAUUAAAGUGGUAGAGUGCCUCUGGGUUCAAGCCCUGGUACCACCAACAAGGGCAGGAAAUUAUAUAAGUGGGCUGUUGUCUCUUCAGUCUUCUAGGUUUUUAUUCUGUGGUGAUGCCAACCUUGAAGCCAUUAUCGCUUCUGAAAAAGAAAUAUGGAUCAUGGAAAAAUCAGCUCUUCAGAAAACCUUAAAAAAAAUGGAAGCUGAAGUAUAUAAACUGAAAGCUGAACUGAGAAAUGACACUUUACUUCAGAAUCUGAACUCUGAUUCUGAAAAUACCUCACUGAAGAGGACUUAUGGUAAAUACUUGAGGGCAGAAAGUUUUCGUAAAGCUCUCAUUUAUCAUAAGAAAUACCUGCUGCAAUUAUUGGGCGAAUUCCAAGAAUGUGAGGAUGCCACCAUAACGCUCCUUGCCUGGAUGCGGGGUCAGCCAGCCUUCACCAAUCUGGAGUUCAUCAGCCGCCCAAAGGGCUUAGCCAGAUUUCGUUCAGCUGUCAGAGUGUCCAUUGCAAUUUCACGAAUGAAAAUUUUGGUUCAACGGUGGCAGCAAGUCACAGAUUCUGGUUCCACCAAUGUUAACAGGGAUGGCUUUGAACUGAAUCCAGGUGCUGAAAAGACUGACCCAUUUUAUCAUUCUUCUGGUGAACUAGAGCUAGAUGGAGAACCAAGACAUACAACAUACCGCUCAAGAUCAGAUCUGGAUUCUCCUAGGUGCCUUUUACCGUUUCAAAAUAGGUCCCCAGGCACCCUAGCUGAUUUAAAUCCUGGUUCCACAGCGUGCUCUCACCUUCAGAAUUAUGAUCCUAUAGAGCCCUGGCAGAUUAUAUCACUCGGCUAGAGGCACUACAAAGAAGACUUGGAACUGUACAGACAGGUGCUUAAGUUUAACCACUUAUUGGUAGUGCCAUAGUGCUAGACCCACAGCUCUCCUCAUUUUGAAAGCUUAAACUGUGUAACCAGCAGCACAACUAACUUUAGAGUAUUCAAGACAUGAUUUAUCACCUCAAAUCCUGCCCACCCCCAAAUAAUUCCCCUACUAUCUCUUCAUUCAGUAGAUUGCUCAUAGAAAACACAUGAUUGAAGACUAAUGUGGGAAGGUGCUCUGAGGUAAUGCAUGGUAGAAAGUGGUGAGGCCUACAGAUACUGGUGAGGAAGAGGAUUGAGCACUUAGUACAACCAUUAUCCCUACUACUGCAUGGUGCUUUUAAGAGUGAUCCAAAAAAAAAUCCUAACAAUGAUCUUUUACUUUUCUUUCCUCAAAAAUAUCAAUAUCAUACUUGAUAACAGAAGUGGAUUCUCUAUUCAUUAUGAGAAAACUUCUUUUCCCUGUCUUCCUUUAGUUCACUUCUGAUCCAGAGAUUUUGAAUCAUUUUAGUUUAACUGAUUGUAUUCAGUCUACUUUUACAGUUUUUUUUUAAACUUUUAUUAAUGAUUCUCUUUUCCUACUAGUCCCACAAACUGGACUAAUAUCAGAUUAUUUUGAGUUAGUAGUUAUCUCUUCAUUCAUUCAAAAAAUUCACUGUUUAACACAAGCAACUUGUAGUACUAGGAAACUCUCAUUAUUAUAGUUGAAGUCUGUUUGUUGGUUAAAGGUUUGUUUUGUUUUAAGCAUCCAAAUUUCACAAGACCCAGAAUCUGAAGACCAAAAUAUUUUUUAGGAUAUACUAAAAAUAUAUAGAACUUCAACCUUUAGAACAUUUUAU